AUGAUAAAAAAAGACGAAAAUCGAAAUGAAUGAAAUGAAUGAAAGAGAUGAAAAUACAAUUGGCAUCAAUUGCGUUAUCAAAGGAGUGAUUAAAUUAUAUCAAGUUCACUCUCCGAACGAUUAACAAAAGAUUCAUACUGAGACUAAUCUUAAUCUGCGGGCUAAUUAAUAUUGAAAAGAUUCAAGGUAAUCAAAUUGAAACAAUUAUCAGGGUUCCAGAUAUCAGCUGGACUAAUUAAUUACCUAAACUAUUGAUUUUCUUUACCACAAGAAAACACAAUAAAUCUAAACAUGUGCAAAUGGACAAUUCGUAAUCUGAACGUUAAUCACGUUCUAGAAUGAAUUAUGUUAAUUAACCAGAAUCUUCGUCAAGCCAUUUCGUCCCUUUUGUUGUCGUUCUAUGGAUCGUACUAACUAAAGUCAAACCAAAGCACCGAAGGAAAUUCAAAGGAAAUUUGUCAGUAAUCAAAUUCUACAAUUUAUUUGAUCAUCUUUGUUUGUAAAAUGAGUAAAUCUAAUUUAAAACAAAGAACUUUGAAGCUGAUCAAUUGAUUGACUUUAAAUUGUUGAUUUUUCUUUGUCAGUCUAAUUGUAGAUGAGAAGAAAAGUUAUUUGUCAUUGUCGAAAAGAGAAAAUUUGACUACGUCUAAAAAUGGAGAAAUACGUCAGCGUGUUAAUGGUCUUGCUGAUUGGUCUCAGUGUUGUUUUCGUGGCACAAAAUGGAUUCAAUCGAAGUUGGAGUGAAUCGACUAGUUCAAGCAAUUCUUCGUCGUCUAAUCAACCAGUAAACUCGAGAAAUAAUUUGCAAUCAAACCAGUUUACUAACGAGCCUCUGAAUCCUUCGAGUAAUCUGCCGAAUGAAGUUCAACCCAACCAGCCAAAUGCUCCAAUAAAUCCAAUGCCUAAUGGUAUUGAAAUGAAAAUAGCUAUUAAUGGACCAGCAAAAACUGUAGACCAUUCAGCUGGUUCGAACUCCGAAGAAGAUACAAUUGAUGAUGAGGCCGAAUCAAUAGAUGACAAAUCAGGAGAAAACUCGGAUGGUAACUCGAUGGAACAUGAACAUAAAGAACAUCACCAUGAAGAACAUCAUGAAGAGCAUCAUGAAGAUACUCAGACUCCAAUAGAUGCGAACGAUCAAAAUAUCAAUUACAUCUUUUUAGUUUCUUAUUUUAGGUCCGGUUCAUCUUUCGUCGGAGAUUUACUUCAACAAACUGAUUCAACGUUUUACACAUACGAACCUCUCAAAUUUUUUGAUUUCAAUCACAAAGUUGAUGCGGAAGAUGAAGAAGAGGCUCUCAGAAUUCUUCAGAAUAUUUUACAUUGUUUGCUCAAUCAUGAAGAAGAAUAUUCUGAUUGGGUCUGUUUCAGAGGAAAAACUCACGGUGGUUGGAACUUUGCUAGAAAUCAACACCUUUGGAAAUCAUGUGAAUCGGAUCCAUCUGAUUGCUGUGACACAAAUUAUGUUGACGGUGUUUGUUCUCGAACAAAAACUCGAAUAAUUAAGGAAACUCGAAUUUCGUUGUCAUCAAUUGAGAAGCUCUUACAACGUUUACCUCCAACGACCAACAUCAAGAUAGUUUUCCUGGUUCGAGACCCAAGAGCAAUCUAUCAAUCAAGGAAACAUUUUCGAUGGUGCAAGACCAGUUCAUGCAUAGACUAUGAAAAAUUAUGCGAAGAUUUGACCUCAGACCUUGAAGUUUACCCUCGAUUAGUUGAAAACUAUGGAGAUAAAAUAACGAUGGUAAGAUUUGAAGAUAUUGCUCUCGAACCAUUUGAAAAAGGUGAAGCUCUUUAUAACCGUGUUAAUCUUCCUUACACAUCGGAGACUAUAGAUUAUAUUUACAAUCACACCAAUGAAAAUAACGUCGAUAAUAAUAGUCCAUAUUCGACAUUGAGAAACUCGAAACAAAUAAUCACCAAGUGGAUCGAUAAUCUAAAUGAAACAAUCGUUGACGCGAUACAAGAUUCAUGUGGAUUCGUUUUCCAGCAAUUAGGAUACAAAUCUGUCGUGUUAUCUGAGAUAAAUCAAAGUUCUGAUAUUGAUUUGAAUGAAAUUUUCGAAAUGUCUUACCCACAACCAAAUCAUUUAUGAUUAAAUUAAAUUCAAUUAAAUGUGAAAACUAAUCGCUAUUCCAAAUAAAGCGCCUAAUUCAAAAUCUUCA